AUGGUUCUCAACUUUGGCAUCAUCGGUACCAACUGGAUCACCGAGUCCUUCAUCCAAUGUGCCCAAGCAACCAAGCAAUGGAAGCUGGCAGCCGUCUACUCGCGCAGUGAGGAGACCGCUCGCACAUUCGCCGGCAAGUUCGAAGUCAAGACUGUCUACACAUCCAUCGAUUCCCUUAUCCAAGACUCGAACCUCGACGCCGUCUAUGUUGCCUCGCCCAACUCGCUCCACUACUCGCAAGCAAAGACAAUCCUCCAAGCAAAGAAGCAUGUCAUCCUCGAAAAGCCCGCCACCUCGACCCUCGCCGAACUCCAAGACCUCUUCAAGGUCGCAAAGGAAAAUAACGUCUUCUUGAUUGAAGCCUACCGCCACAUUCAAGAAGUAAAUUACAAGCUACUCCGCCGCGUUCUGUUUGAAGAAAAGAAGUUGGGCACUAUCUUCGGAGCCAGCCUCAACUUUUCCAUGUAUAGCUCGCGCUACAAUAACGUUCUCGCUGGCGAGACCCCCAACAUCUUUAGUCUUGACAUGUCAGGCGGCUCUCUCGUCGACAUGGGUGUUUACCCCGUCAUGUUCGCCCUUGCCCUGUUCGGCAAGCCCAAGUCGCAGACCUACGCUCCCUUCAUCUGCCACACCGGCGCCGACGCCGGUGGCUUCAUUGUCCUGCAGUACGAGAAAUUCGGCGUCCAGAUUCAGCAGAGCAAGUGCUUCACCUCCUUCGCCCCCACCGAGAUUUACGGCGAGAACGGCACCAUCAGCCUCAACUCCGUCACCGAUAUUGCAAGCGUAAAGCUUUGGGAUCGCAAGACCAAGCAGACCGAGGAAUUGGCAGAGAAGAAGAUGGACUUGAGUUUGCAAGAGGAGGCUGAAGAGUUUGCGAGAAUCAUCAACGACAAGGAUGUCGAUGCUGCCGCUAAGCUCGAGCAGUUGAGUUAUGACAUUGUGUCUGUGACUUCUGACUUGAGAAGGCAGAAUGGCAUCUUGUACCCUGCGGACAAGGCAUAG